AUAGCAAAAGCAGUAACAAACAAUAGAACACACACUGUCACCAUCUCACUCACAUAACACCAAGUUCAAACAGAAAUUCAAAUUGACACCAGAAAUAAAAGACAGAAGAAUCAACAACAUGUAAGACACAACAUAUCCAUAAUCCACGAUCAACCAUGAAACCAAAACCUCAUCAUUUUCAUCUUCAUCACAACCUUGUCUCAUUUUCUUCAAAACCUCACUACAAAAACCAUGACAUCCUCUACACAAUCUCAGAAUCCAUCAACACAAUCCACAACAACAAUCCCAACCCUGAUUACUCUCUCAACCCAACUCUCAAACGCAUUCUCCCAUCUCUCACUUCUCACCACAUCACAAACCUCAUCAACCUCAACCCUCUCUCUCUCCCACCUCUCUCCCUCUUCUCUUUCUUCAACUACCUCGCUUCUCGCCCUCCCUUUCGUCACACUCUCCAUAACUACUCCACCAUGGCCCAUUUCCUCUCUUCUCACAACCUUCUCUCACAAACACAUUCUCUUUUCCUUUUUAUCAUUUCCAAAAUGGGUCAUCAUUCUUCAACUUCACUCAUCUCUUCCCUUAUUCAAACCGUUCCAACUCAUCAUCGCCAUAACCAUUCUGUUCUUGUUUUUGAUGCUUUGAUUAUUGCUUAUACUGAUUCUGAAUUCAUUGAGGAUGCAAUUCAGUGUUUAAGAUUGGUUAAAAAGAAUAACUUUUCCAUUCCGGUUUGUGGUUGUGAUUAUUUACUUCGUCGUGUGAUGAAGUUGAAUCAACAGCCUGGACAUUGUUGGGAGUUUUAUUUGGAGGUUUUGGAUUAUGGGUAUCCGCCAAAUGUUUAUCUUUUUAACAUUUUGAUGCAUGGGUUUUGUAAAAUUGGUGAUGUUAUGAAUGCACGGAUGGUGUUUGAUGAAAUUUCUAGACGGGGUUUGCGUCCUAGUGUUGUUAGUUUUAAUACUUUGAUAAGUGGAUAUUGUAGAAGUAAGAAUGUGGAGGAGGGUUUUGUGUUAAAGAGUGUUAUGGAGAGUGAAAGAAUAUCUCCUGAUGUUUUUACUUAUAGUGCUUUGAUCAAUGGGUUGUGUAAGGAGAGUAGGGUGGAGGAGGCGAAUGGUUUGUUUGAUGAAAUGUGUGAGAUGGGUUUGGUUCCUAAUGGUGUAACGUUUACUACUUUGAUUGACGGGCAAUGUAAACAUGGGAAGAUUGAUUUGGCAUUGAGAAAUUUUGAGAUAAUGAAGGAUCGGGGUAUUAGACCGGAUUUGAUUACUUAUAAUGCGUUGAUCAAUGGGCUUUGUAGGGAUGGAGAUUUGAAGGAGGCUAGGAAGCUUUUGAAUGAGAUGAUUGGGAAUGGUUUCAAGCCGGAUAAGAUCACUUUCACCACUCUAAUGGAUGGAUGUUGUAAGGACGGAGAUAUGGAUUCUGCAUUAGAAAUCAAGGAUAGAAUGGUUGAGGAGGGGAUCGAGCUUGACGAUGUUGCUUUUACUGCACUAAUAUCUGGACUAUGUAGAGACGGAAGAGUUCGCGAUGCUGAGAGGAUGUUGAAGGACAUGUUGAGUGCCGGUCACAAACCUGAUGAUCCAACAUAUACCAUGGUUAUUGAUUGCUUUUGUAAGAAAGGUGAUGUUAAGAUGGGAGCCAAGUUACUAAAGGAGAUGCAGCGUGAUGGACGUGUACCAGGAGUCGUCACUUAUAAUGCGCUGAUGAACGGUUUUUGUAAACAAGGUCAGAUGAAAAAUGCUAAAAUGUUGCUUCAUGCAAUGCUUAAUAUGGAAGUGGUUCCAAAUGAUAUUACAUUUAAUAUUUUACUAGAUGGUCAUUGCAAGCAUGGAAGCUCUGUUGAUUUUAAGAUAUUUAAUGGCGAGAAAGGACUUGUUUCAGAUUAUGCUUCAUAUACGGCACUUGUCAAUGAAUCAAUCAAAAUUUCAAAAGAUCAAUUAAAGAGUUAAUUGCUACUAAACUAUGUAGCACCGACACUUCAGAUUGAAGGCGUGCUUGAGUGUCCAACGCAUAUCGGUAUUCAAUACCGGCAGAACACUGACAUGUGUAGUUGCAUACAAUCACUUCAAUUUUCUCAAAUUUUUACCGAGUUUCUACGUGUCGGUGUUGUAUUGAGUGUCUGCAUUAGUGCUUCAUAGCUGCUGAAAGCUGAAUUGUGAAUAUAUUUCCAGCGACAGAUUACAGAUCCCUUAUGAAAGAAGAUACUUUGGCUGUUAUUCUCAAUGCCAGAAGCCAGAGUUGAGGUGAGUAGCUAACACAAUGAGCUAGCCAUGCAUACAAUCACUUCAAUUUUCUCAAAUUUUUACCGAGUUUCUACGUGUCGGUGUUGUAUUGAGUGUCUGCAUUAGUGCUUCAUAGCUGCUGAAAGCUGAAUUGUGAAUAUAUUUCCAGCGACAGAUUACAGAUCCCUUAUGAAAGAAGAUACUUUGGCUGUUAUUCUCAAUGCCAGAAGCCAGAGUUGAGGUGAGUAGCUAACACAAUGAGCUAGCCAAGAUGAUUUAGUUGCAUCUAAAUUGAUGCCCUAAACUACGUGAUAUGAGUACAGAGUGUUCAAGUUAAUUCUUAAUUAAAGUAAGUUAUGUGACGACUUUUGCGAAAUUUAGGAUGGACAUAUACAGAUGAAACAUGUUUUGUCUAUAUGGGUGUUACUUCAAUAGAGCAAUCUGCUCCUUUAUCAGAGCUUCCAAAUUCCAAUCUCUUUUCCAAACAUCAGGUUUCUCACAGGAUUUGGUCGCGAUACUGCCAAAUCCAAUUCACCUGUUCUCACUAUACAUUGGUUGAUCUUGUUUUUUGUUAGUUACAUAGUUAGCAUACAUAAGCAAAGUAAAGGAUCAACAUUCGUUUCAACAAUGAAGAGAAAUUAUUCUGACAGUACUUUUCUUUUGAAUUAUGACAUUAAAGUGAUUACAAAUUAUUUGGGGCCAUCACUCAUAUUAUGUGCAUGAAAUCUACACUGCCUGUAGUGUCUAUUUAAAGAUAAGAUCUAUGUGGAUGUUAAGUGGAAUUUUCCUGAGGUGGAUUGGGUGAGCCAUUGUACGGAUGAUUCCUUCCCGAGGCCAACUCAGAUUGCUGGUUGUGGAGGAUCGACCCGAAGUGAGCAUGGGGUCUGGGUUUGCGGCUUCUCACGAAAAGUAAUGGUUAAUGAAUUGAGCUCUUGCUCUAGGGUGUUUGGAGUUAAGCCCGGGGAUUUCAGCUUUUAAAGAUUUGUUUAGAUUCUGAGAUUGAUGUGAAUUGUGUCAAGGAUAGCUUUGUAGAUUGUGCUAGCAGGUAAAGAAGCUACUGAAGCAUGUCAUAAAAAUUUCGGAAGGGGAUUGGAUUGUGAGGAUAAAGUAUGUCUUUGGAAAAGCGAACAAAUGUGCAGACUUUCUUGCAAACUUAUCAAGUUUCUACUUUGGUGGUGCAUGAUCCCUUCCUACUUCUCUGGUUUUGCCUGCUAAUACUUUCCAAGUAUCAUCUGAUUUCCUUGUUAGCUUGGUGGUUUGCAAGUGGAUUUGACAUUUACAAGGUUAAGUGUAAUUAAAUUUUCAUUCAAUAUAGAUGUCCUAGACUCAAAUAACUAUUUUAUAUUUCAUUUUAAAAAUAGUUAUGAGUUUUCGAAUUAAAAUUACACAAGGACAAUUUUCCAACUGUACCUGAGAGAUAUGAACUAAAUCCUUCCAUUUUACAA